CAUGAAUGGGACCCCCAAAUAUAAAUUCCACUUAGGGCCCUAUUUAAUUUUGGUCCGGCUCUGAACACUCGUAUUAAAGCACUAACUGACUCUAAAUGGGUGACUUGUCGCCUAAACACAGUAAAGCGAUUCAUCCCAAACCCCCCACCGCUCGUCCUCUCUCCUGAGUUGGUGUGUUGGUUGGUUGCAGCAGAGCCUCAGUCUGUAUCCCGGCUCGCCUGACAGACACAGCCAGUCCUCGUCUCCCUUUGCUCACCCAUCAAUCUGUCUCUCCGGUUCUCAAUUUGACGUAUUUGAACGAAAAAAAAGGCGAUAUGUAGAGCCCGAACAUGGAGACCGCAGCGGAGCAAUUCUGGCUUUUUGCUUCUACCCUCGGAGGAGACCCCACAAACUCAGCGGAGAAAAAAGGCGUCAGAGGGGCAAACGGCGGUUCUCAGCUGCUUGGUCGUCGAGGUGACGCUCUUCUUUCCUCUGCAUGAACACAUCAGCCAACACGAAUGUCCGACCUGAGAAGUUACAGAGAAACCGCGGAUAAAUCCUCCAAGUCGUCCUCAUCCUCUCCAGUUUUCAACAAGCGCUCUCGUCGGCUGCAGAACUUCCCACCGGUAAACCUGCUGCUCCGUCACCUCAGUAAGAAACUCCUGGUCUGCUCUAAGAAGGAAUCGUCUUCUUCUGAGGUUGAGACUUCUGAGAAAUGAGCUGCCAAUGAAUCACCUUGAACAUCUCUUCUCCUCACUUGGCUUGGGGGUCUUCUAGAGGGUCGGAGCCUCCUUGCCAUCAUGAAGGGGUUGGGGACCAACCGUAACAGACAUCUGUCUGAUUCUUGUGAUCCCUCUCUUAAUCAUCCAGAGGCACUCUACCAUCAGAAGACCAGCACAUUGCCACGCAGCCCUUAUCUGCUCAGCCCCACAAUGGACCACUAUGGCACCAUGGAUCCCCACCUUUAUCCUUCCGCCAAUCCAGGCUCCCUUCCAGCAGACUGCAUGCUGCCCCUCAACAAUCAGCUUUCCAAUAGCAGCACUUUUCCCAGUAUUCACUACAACUCCUAUGACCAGUCCGAUUUUUCUCCUCCUGGGGACAGUAUUGGAGGGAUAGGCACGGGCACCAUGGGGACAUCUCUGUCGAUGGGCAUGGCAUCAGGUAUGGCCAUGUCAGGGUUGAGUGGAAGAACACCUAUGAUUACAAGUGGCUCUGCAACAAUAUCACACCAUAUGACUAAGAAUCAAACUCCGCCUAGUCUGUUGGAUUUUGAGAAGCAGCUACCAGGAGGUCGUGACGGAUUCAGCACUUUGCAGUUUCAUCGAACAUCCGCUGCUGUUGCUGCCAAGCAGCGGACAGACAGUCCUGGCCGCAUUCGUUACAUGCUACACUCGGUGCAGAAACUGUUUGCAAAGUCCCAGUCACUGGAGAGCCACAACAUGAAGGGAAAUGUGAACGGAAGAUCUACUGGCAGUGGUGGAGGCACUUCUUCUGGCACCGAGGACGGAGGGAAGCAUACUCGCAGAUCCAAAAGUAAGGAUCGUAUUACAAAGUCCGAGGCAACUGCUAAGAGACGGCCAAGAUCCAACAUGUCAGGUUACUGGAGCUCAGAUGAUUUGGACAGUAGUGAUUUGAGCAGCUACCAUAAUACUAUGACCAUGAUGACCCUGGGGCGUCCGAGUGGCCAUGAAAGCCAUAGUGGUCAGAGUAAAUACAUCCACAGUGGCUACAACACAAUCAGUUCCUCUAAAAGCAGCAAUGACAUGAAGUAUCCAGCACUUCCUGGUCCAGGGGAUAUAGGAGGUGGUGGUGGAAUAAGUGGACCAGUAGGCAUGCUGAUGAAUGAUACAGAGUAUGUGAAAGGAGGGUCUUGGUCCACAUUGACCAUGGGUCAACCAAGACAGGUACUCCAGAAGGGCUCUACUACUCUGGACAGGUCAAUGCUCAAGUCCAAGUCCUGCCAACAGGAAUUAACGUGUAACUAUCUGCAGGUUGGACGCAGGGGGGAUUGGAGCAGCUCAUUAGGUCGCAGUCCAGGUUUCAAUGAGAUUCCAUGUCGACGGAUGCGCAGCGGUAGCUAUGUAAAGGCUAUGGGAGACAUGGAAGACAGUGACGACUCCGAGGGAAGCCCUAAACCCUCGCCCAAAAGUGCUGCUCGCCGUCAGAGCUACCUCAGGGCCACCCAGCAGUCGCUAAGUGACCAGCUACCCCCACGCAACAGAACCUUGGAUUUCACAUUGUUGCAGGGGGAGCUGGAUGCCCUGUGGUCUCCACUCCACAGUGUGUCCUCUCUGCACCAGCUGGGCAGGUCAAGGAGCAGCUGUCUUCCAUCUCUCAGAGAACUCUCAAAUAAUCGCAGCCUGGAUAAUCUGGACUCUAUUGGAGGACCAGGAGCUUUGGCACCGUGGGACGAAGACAGCUUCAGCCAGGCCUGCAGCACCUUGGGCAGACGUAGUGGCAUAGAACAGCUGCGAGACCUGGAAAAAAGUCAUCAUUACGAAGACAGAAGCUCAGUGUCCGCCUUCAGAGAUAUCCAUUCUCAGGACAUCUCGGAGCCUCCGGACAUGCCCAUGCCGACAUGCUUCCGAUCCCGCAGCCACAGCUACCUGAGAGCUAUCCAGGCUGGCUGUUCCCAAGACGACGACACCGCUUCCAUAGACUCAGGCUGCUCUCCACCUCCAACUGACUCCUCUGUUCGCACAUACAGCACCAGCACUGUCUCCACAUGCAUAACAAGCUGUAAGAAGGCCGCUCCUCCACCAGUGCCUCCACGCACAACCUCAAAGCCCUACAUAUCGGUGACAGUGCAGAGCAGCACUGAGUCAGCGCAGGACAACUACUUGGACCAACAGGACAGGAGGUCAGAGGUCAACAGCCAGUCGAGCCACGCUCACAGCAACUCCUCUGACAGCCUUGACAGCACCCGUGCCAACAGCCUGGCCCGUGGUAUUCCUCGUCCUCCGCACAUCAUCCCUAUUCCCAUUGCUACGCCGAGGGAGCCAAUCAUCCCUAGCACCGCCAAUGCUUCCACAGAGACUAGUGACUCGGCAGUCCACAAUGAAUCCCUGAAAUCAGGAUCUAGUAAAGGGAAUUUAGCAGCAGAGGAGCCGUUUGUAGCCCCACUACCAAGGCGUAAACUGUCUUCUAUUGGGAUACAGGUUGACUGCAUUCAGGAAGUUCCAAGAGAGGAGACCCCACCCCUGGCCAGAUUUCAGUCAAUAGGAGUACAGGUGGAGGACGGGUGGCAACUCAGUCGCUCCAGCAGUAUGGCAUCAAAACAAGAAACAGACUCAGACACACAGGACAUCUCUGCCAUUUCUCAUAUCAGCAUUGCCAAAACUUUUGAGAAGAAAGUCAUGGUCAACAGUGCCAGUCAGUCAAUGAGCUCCCUCCCUGGGCAAGACUCUUUAGACAACGGAGACCAGACUGGCAAUACCUCCUCCCCACCGCCGCCCAGGCAGAUCCUCAACCGCUCCACCACGCGGAGCAGUUCCUCAUCUUUCUCCGAAAGCCUGGAUCCGGCGCUGGAUCCCUCGUCUCUGCCGCCUCCGGAUCCCUGGCUGGACAGCGGAAACGGUAGCAGCGGCGGUGUCUCCCAGAGUGGAGGAGGCGGAACGCUGUGCAGAAGAGACGGCCAUUGGUUCCUGAAGUUGCUGCAGGCUGAAACGGCACGCAUGGAAGGCUGGUGCCAACAGAUGGAGCAGGAAACCAAAGACAACCAACUCUCAGAGGAGGUUCUUGGGAAAGUCCGCAGUGCGGUGGGAAGUGCUCAGCUCCUAAUGUCUCAGAAGUUCCAGCAGUUCCGGGGACUGUGUGAACAAAACCUGAAUGUGACUGCCAACCCACGGCCAACAGCCCAGGACCUGGCUGGCUUCUGGGACCUGCUGCAGCUAUCUAUCGAGGACAUUAGCCUCAAGUUUGAUGAGCUCUACCAUCUCAAGUCCAAUGACUGGCAGCCCGUGCCGUCUGGGGCCGCCCAGUCGUCCCCUGAGCGGAAGAACGAGGACAAGGAGGCCCUUCCGGCAUCAAAGAAGCUUAGCAAGACGCAACCGACGCUUGCCCGCGAGAAGAGUGCUGACUCUUCUUCAACCUCUUCAUCAGCCUCGGCAGAAAAACAGAGACAAGAGGCUCGCAAGCGCCUGCUAGCUGCCAAGAAGGCUGCCUCGUUUCGCCAGAACUCUGCCACGGAGAGCGCAGACAGCAUUGAAAUUUACGUCCCCGAGGCCCAAACUCGCCUCUGAGAGAAAAGGACUAGCAAGGACUAGUUCGUAGAUCCGAGGACAGAUAAGUUUGUUGGAGGGGAAGAAAAAUGAAGAAAAAAAAAUCAGGGAGGAUUUUGUCUGAGUGCAGAGGAGUUAUGGUGAGUAAGGAAGGGCGUGUAGAGGAGCAAUGCCAAUGAAUGGGUGUUUUGAUAUUUCUAACAUAAUCAUAGGCUGGUCCUGCUUGAAACUGAUAAUGAAACAUUUGUGGACCCAACAGACUACAGACUUAUGAAGCAGAAGAUUCCUCUUCUGAGGCUGCCAGGGAAGACCUCAGCUGAUGAACUUUAUCAUUUCUUCUUACUUUUUCUUGAUAUCAUAAAAAUGUUAACGAAGAUAUUAUUAUAACAGUUAUAGGUUAAAAACUCUCCAUGAAGACUGUUUUAAAAGUUCCUAUAUCUUGGCUAUAAGAUUUAUAAAGCAGACAGAACAUAAGCAUCAAUGCUUCUGUCUCCCACUCUCUUGCUCUCUUCCCAGAUCACUGGCCAUCUUGUAGCUUUGCACAGCACCUCCUUGUGGCCAUCAUGCAAGUUGCACACAAAUCCACCUAUAUAUAUAUAUGUCUUCCUUGUAUUUAUUUUUUCUUUAAUUAUUGAUUUGGGCUGGGCAGGAAUCAAUUUAGAUCAAGCUUUUCUGACUAUUUUUGGUAUGAUGAAACAAAGUCCGAUGUGAAAGAUCAUUUAUGUAGUUCCUAUAAACAAACAAAAUCUUGUUUGAGUUUUUUUGUGUUAAAGACUUUUGCGUUUAGUUUCUUAAUGUUUUUUUUUGUUUUGUUUUUUUUUAUGAAAGGACAUAUUAAACAAAGCCAGGCUAGAGGUUUCGUCACAAUGGCUGUCCAUAAUGUGUGUUUUUUUAUUUGUAGAUGAAAAAACCUAAUAUACUUUUAGUUAUUUUGUAUUUUCCUUUCCUCUAUUUCUUUUUUCCAUUUCUGAGCUAUGACUCCAGAAAUAUAUAGGAUAUUUUCUGAACCAUACAGACAUUUAAGUGCUUUAAGGAAAAUAAUUGUGCGUCAAAGUCAUACAUUUCAAAAUAAUCUAGGGCUCUGAAGUUGUGCAGCUGGGUAAGCAUGCUGGUUAACAGCAGGCGUUUCUUUUCCACUUCCCAUCUACUAGUCAACCCAACUUCACUUUAUCCAGCUUUUUUCCACUCUACACAAAGAUUACAUUUUUUCUGAACUUUCCUAGUUAAAUCAUUACAUGUAUAAGUGAUCGUCCUUUUAAUCAUAUCCUUUUUAAUCAUUAGUGUUUACUGUUUUUGUCUUUGAGGAAUACAAAAGCCAAAGAUAAGUACACUGUUUGAAAUUCAGCUCAUGUAAUAAAAUGUGAGUAGCAGGGAAACUCGAUGGUUGACUGUGAAAACAGAUGGGAGUGGAUUUUACCCACAGCAACACAUGUACUGCAGAUUUAACAUUUGGAUAUCCACAAGGCAGGAAGCUUGAACAGAACCGCCCAACAAUGAGAACCACAACACAACACUACCCUAUCUGACACAGAGUUAAUUUCAUGGAAAAGGAUUGUUUCCAACCUCAGGAGGGCAACAGUGCUUGCAUGUCAAACCAGUAGUCAGUUAUCACAUUCAGUGAAAGAACAAAGAAUCCUAAUCCCUUUCUUGUUUUGCAUUAAGGGACACACUGUGCUUUGCAAAAGUAUUCAUUCUGUUGGAGACUUUUUACAUUUUGUCAUGUUAUAACCACAAACCUAUCAGAAUUGUACGUGGUUCGACACAAAAUAGAGCAGAACUGUAAAGUGGAAGAAAAAUGAUACACAGUGUUUAAAAAAGUAGAAAUCUUGAAAAACUAUGGGGUGCAUUUUUGUUCGUAGUAUUUCUAUUCAAUUUUCUGUAAAAUCACCAUUCUUGCUUAUGUCCUUGCCAACUUUAAAUGUGUAGAUAUGAAACUUGUGCCCAUUCGUCUAUGCAUUUAGUUUCAGCCAUGCUACCAUUAAAACAAACCAGCAUCCCCACAACAUAAUGGUACCACCACCAUGCUUCACAGUGGGGGUUGUAUUAAUUGUCUGCCACACCUACAAUGUAGGACAAAAGUUCAGUUUUAGUCUCUUUCACCAAAAAACAUUCCUCCACAUGUUUGUUGUGUCCCCUUCUUUCGGCAAACUUUAGGGACUUCUCAUGGUUUUCCAACAUCAAUGGCUUUCCACUCCCCACUCCUCCAUAAAAGCCAGAUUUGUGGAAUGCACGACUAAUUGCUGUCCUGUCUACAGAUGCUUUCUGAGCUAUAGGUCUCUGAUCUUCUCCAGAUUUACCAUAAAUGUGUUUGGCUGCUUCUGCUUAAUGUUCUCCUUAUCUAACCAGUCAUCUUUUGGAAGGUUCGUGGUUUAGCCGUACUCGUUCACUUUUAAAGAAAGAGUUAAAACAGUGGUUCACUAGUUGUUUUAUAGCCUAAGUCUGCUUUCAGCAUCCAGACAGAUAUCUCUCAAACUUGGAUUUAUUUACUAAUUGCAUAACCACCUCAGUUUGUAUAUAACUUGACAAAACGGGGGGAAAAAGUCACAGGUAUGUGAAUAUUUUUGUGAAGCACUACAUCUAAAAACAUUCACAUUUUGUCUAAAUUCACUUUGUAGCUUGAAGAUAUUUGAAACAAAACGUCUCCAUUUGUCAGUGUAAAUCCCUAAUGGGCACUUUGAGAUAUUUACACCCUAUCCCAUCCAUACAGUCACUAAUGAUGCACUUUCGAUCUGCCACUGCUAAAUGCUCUUCUAUUCAUGUGUCUGUUGUCAAGGCCUCUCUGCCAUCAGCUAUAACCCAAAGUUAAGCGUCUAGCUUUGAAUUAGAAAAGCCCAACAAUCUCUAUUCUUCUCAUGUUGUUGGUAAAGAGCUUUCACUUGAUGGCCGGCUAUUAUUUGCCUGUUGUGUUUGCUUGCUGUGGGUGACUCUCAAGGAAUAUGGCUCAGAGGUGUCAAUAGCCAGUCCCAUGAUUGGUAUCAGUCUACCCCCCGUCCAUUUGAUUGGAUGAGAGUAGACUGAUAGACUGAUGGAAAGCUUUCAGGUGCUUUUGUUAGCACCU